AUGCUGCGCCCUACAGCACUGAUACCGGUCAUCUUUGGCCUUGCAGCCUUUGUAUUGACAAUGCUGUGCAUCUUUGCCGGCAGUAAGCCAGACUUUAUGCAGGUGCGUCAACCAUUCAUCUCUCCAUUCCCUAAUCUUCCACUAACGCGAUUGNNCCAGGACUACUCUAUUGUCACACUCAACACAUCACGGAUCGGCACCAACGUCCUCAACACCACUUCCAGCACCGACUCCGACUCCAACAUCUUCGAGUCAAUCUGGGAUAAUGUGACCAACAGCAUUGAAUCCUCUAUCAACGACAAGAUAAACUCCUUCGCCAAAGACUUGGGUCUCCACGACUUUUACUCUGCGCAUUUGCUCGAUUAUUGCGAGGGCUACUAUACACCUACCUCUUUGCCUAACGCCACAAUCCCAGCCUCCAAGAUUGAUCAAAAUGUCACGUUCUGCAGUGACCGCACUUCCUUCUUCCACUUCAACCCUACCAACGCCCUGCAGAACGAGCUCAACAAGUCAGGCUUAGGCAUCACCCUGCAAGAUCUACAUUGGCCAGACGCGGUCAACGACGGCAUGCACACCCUUCGCAUAGCCCAAAAAGCUGCGUUUCUGCUCUACUGCAUUUCCGCCGGUCUGAUUCUCAUCGCCACCUUCUUCUCCCUCGUCUCGUUCUUUGUACACGGCCGUCUUUCUGCAUUUAUCGAUAUCUUGCUCUGGAUACUCGCGUUUUUGGCUGCGGUGUUGGCGUCGGCGAUUACCACUGCUGUUGCGGUCAAAGCGAGUAAUGUUGUCAACAAGCAUGGAAAGAGUAUUGGUGUGCAAGCCAACAGGGGAGGAAAGUUCAUGGCGUUGACGUGGGUGGCUGCUGGACUCUGCUUUCUGAAUGUGUUUGUGUGGGUGUUUGAGUGUUUGAGGGGGAGGCGUAGGGCUAAUCGGGAGAGUUAUGUGGGUGGUGUUGAGAGGAAGUGA